AUGACGAUUUUCAAAACGGCUGAUGUAUCAAUACGCGAAAGACUGGUAUUGUUCCCGAAGAGACAGUUAUUGAACACUACGAUACAAUUCUCGAAAGGUACAGUACAAAAAGACUCUGGAAAUGCUGCUCAAACAAUUGCCAAACGAUGCCCAAAUUAUUAUGUUCACGUUGAAGACGAGAAUAAUUGGACAAUCCUUACUGAUGAAGAUGUAAUAGAAUUAGUAAAUCGGGAGGAGAUUAGUAGCGAAAGUGAAGCUGAAACGGUAGAAAAGUUAGAAACAAUAAGUAAUAGAACAGCCAGUACAUCAAUCGACACAGUUUUAAAAUUCUUGUAUCAAAAGGACCAGAAUUUGGCGAGGUUGUCGAAGAA